UCUAACUCGAGCAAGGGUGGACGUGAUUCUGUGAGGACCCAAGCGCCGAGGCCGAUUCAUAUGCUUCCUAAGUGGACCCCGCCGCCUCCUGGUUGGGCAAAGCUCAACACGGAUGCCGGCUUUGACGUGGCGACUGAAGAAGCUACGAUGGGGUGCAUUAUUCGCAAUUGUAGGGGCGAAGUUCUCGUUUCAGCUUGGAGAAGACUUCUGUUGUGUUCUAAUGCAAUGGAGGCAGAAGUUAUAGCUUGUGUGGAAGGUGUUCGGAUAGCUAAGACCUGGAUAAACAUGCCAUUGAUUAUUGAGGGGGACUGUGUGACAAUCUUUUCCAACCUGUCUAGCCAAGGAUGGAUGCUUCCAGGCUUGGUUUGCUGCUGCAGGAAGUCAAGGAGCUGACUCUUUCUUUCCCAGAAGCUAGUUUUAACUUUGUGAAAAGGGAGGGGAACCGGGUUGCACAUGAAUUAGCUCAUUUAGCUAAGGUUUUGGAUGAGGGGGUUUAUGAUUCUUGAUGAGCCAACUCAAAUUUCUCUCUUGCUCAAAGCAGAUUGUAACUCUGAGUUAUUCUAUCAAUAAUAUCGCUUCUUCUUUCGCAAAAAAAAAAAAAAAAUAAGCAUUGAAGCCUGAACAAUCUUGCUGGAGGAGGUUGUCGGAGGAGAUAACAGCACUAGAUGAAAGCUUGGCUAAGAGUAGCCUAAGACUUCGUUGAAGCACGGUGGCGGCAACUUCAAGGCUAGUAGAAGUGGACUCCCCAAGUGCUUGCGGCGGUUGAAUCGCCGGACGGCGGUGGCAGACUCGCCGAACGGCGGCAGACUCGCCGAACGGCGGCGGCAGAUUGGUUGGGUGGUUGCUGCACAUAGGAACGGCAGGAGGAUGGGAUUUUGUUGAGUUUUUUUUCUAUUUUUUAACUGUAAUUAAUGUUGAACUUCAUUAAGGGUUUAAAAGGUAUAUACAUUAGUCCGCAUUAACGUGUUCAGC